UUUAUCUCAAAGUUUAUGACGAAGACUCCCUUGUGUUAUUCUACUACUACAGGAGGCUCAUGGCGAAAAGACAGCAACUUUCCAAUAAUUUUGCUCCAAAGAAGGAUUAUUUGGGGCAAUACAAGAUUCCUGAACUUACCAUGCUCAAGAAAUUUGUCUUAGUUUUGGAUGAUAGUUUCUUAGAUUGCAAUAAUGUCAUAGAGGUUGCUCCACAGUUGACGGAAUUUGAGUUGAAUUUGCUUUGGUUAAAACCGAAGAGGUCAAAAAGAGAGUGUAGGAAGGUCUUAAGCUAUCCUCUCCAUCACCUCAAAGUGGUCAGGUUGUACGGAUAUUAUGGGCGUACUAGUGAACUUGAACUCGUUAGGUAUUUUUUGGAAAAUGCUAUUGCUCUUGAGAAAAUCAUCGUUGAUCCUCUUGAACUAUGUGAUUUUCAUAUCAUGGGGGAACCAAAAGAAGAUAAGUUUGUGUGAAUUGCAAGAAAAUACGCUAAGCUCCAGCUUCCAAGUGAAGUGCCUUCACAUAUUGAGUUGGUCAUACUGUGAAAGUAAGUUUGUUACGGAAAUAAUAUCUAGAUGUAGAUUUUAGAAUUCUAUUCAUCAAGAGUUGUAAUAAGGACUAUAUUUCCUUCCUCUAAUUGGUUUACAAUUUUCUAUCAAUGUACCAUAAGAAUUA